GAUGAGACACAAGUUGUGGGGACUGGGGAGGGAUGGUGACGUGUUGAAAGUGGUAGAUAUGUUACUUGGGAUUGACAUAGAAGGUGAUUUACCUGUCAUCACCAUAGUAGGAAUGGCCGGGGUCGGCAAGACAACUCUUGCUCAGAUGGUUUACAAUAAGGCGGAAGUUAUGGAGAAUUUUUGUUAUAAGAGUGACGAGAGUGACAAUGGUGACAAGAUUGAUAAGAGAAUGUGGAUUUGUGUGUCAGAUAAUUUCAAGGUAGAUAGGUUAUUGAAUGAGAUGGUGGAAUCUCUUGGUAGAGAGAAAUCUGAUGUACAAAAUAGGCAAGGAGUAUUGAAAAUGCUUGGAAAGGAACUGAACGGGAAAAAAUACUUGCUUGUAUUAGAUGAUGUCUGGAAUACGAAUCCUGAUUUAUGGGUAGACCUGAGAAAUUCUUUGACAGGAAUAAAAGGCUCUAAGGGAAGCAAAAUUUUAAUUACUACCCGUAGUUUGGAAGUCCUAUCAGCAAUUCAAACAUUCCCGACUUGCACCCAUCAGUUGAAUCUACCAUCGGAGGAUGAUUGUUGGAAAAUAUUUAGUAAAAGAGCAUUUGCCAAUAGAGCACCAAGUGAAAUUCAAACUCUAGACGUUAUUGGUAGAAGAAUGGUAAAAAAGUGUGAGCGUCUACCAUUAGCGAUAAAUGCAUUAGGAAGUUUACUAUACUCGAAACAAGAUAGGCAAGAAUGGGAGUCUAUCGAGAAGAGUGAAAUAUGGAAUUCCCCGGAAAAUAAAAAUGGUAUUCUACCAGUAUUGAGGCUUAGUUUCGACAACUUGCCUUCACCAUCUUUGAAAAAAUCCUUUGCAUAUUGUUCUAUUUUUCCAAAGGGCAAAGUCAUUAUAAAAGAUGAACUGAUUCAACUUUGGAUGGCUCUAGGAUAUCUUCAGCAUUCUUCAAGAAGCAAGGUGGACAUUGAAGAGUUAGGCAAUGAGUAUUUUAAAAUUUUAUUACGCAAUUCGUUAUUCCAUGAAGUGGAAUUUGAUGAGUAUAACAAUAUCAUAAGUUGCAAGAUGCAUGAUCUUGUACAUGAUCUUGCAGUCCAUGUCUCUCAGGGUAAUUGUUUGACUUUGGAAGCUAGUGAGAUGAAGAAUAUUCCCGAUGUCCAACAUCUGUCUUUCGUUCUUAGGGAAGAAACAGAGUUAGACAUUUCAAAAGAAAAUGUUGGCAACUUGAGAACUGUGUUUUUAAGAGGACGUUUCCCUAAGAUCAAAAAAAAGUUUAAACGUAUUCGUGCGCUGCGUUUAGAGAAAUCUUGUGCGGAAGAGUUGCCAAGUUCAAUAUGCAAGUCCAUACAUUUAAGGUUUCUUGACAUCUCUGAGUCUUCUAUUUUGAAAAUCCCAAAUUGUAUCACCAAGCUCUAUAAUUUGGAAACAUUGAAACUGCCAAAUUCUCUAAAAGAACUUCCAAAAGAUUUCCUCAACUUGGUUAGCUUGAGACAUGUUUAUAUUGAGGAUUCAAAUGAAAAUAGGGAAUUAAUGCCAAAGAAUAUAGGGCAGUUGACAUCUUUGCGGACAUUACCCUUCUUUGUUGUGGGCAAUAAGAGUGGCCAAAGAAUUGAAGAGUUGGGUAGCUUAAGCAACCUAAAAGGUGGGUUACGUGUUUACGAUCUACAACACGUGAAAGACAAGGAAGAAGCAACAAAGGCUAAAAUGUUUGAAAAAGCAAGCAUUCAAGAGUUAAAAUAUCACUGGGAUAAUGACUUUGGCGAGUUUGGCAAUAACCAUGAGGAUGUGUUGGAAGGACUCAAACCUCACCGAAAUGUUAAGGGAUUAGAAAUUCAAAAUUUUGGAGGAAGAGGAUUGGCGUCAUGGAUGAGUAAGGAUGCAUGCUUGCUUCAAAAUUUGGUGAAGAUCAUAUUAAAAGAUUGUACAUUAUGUGAGCAAGUCCCUGCACUCGGACACCUUUCGCAUCUUGUGAAAAUCACAAUCAAUGGUUUGCAGAACUUGAAGUGUAUUGGCCCCGAAUUUUAUGGACAAUCUGAAGAGAUUAAUUGUAAUUGUAGUAGUAGUGAAGGAGCAGCAGAAAGAGAAGUAUUUCCGGCAUUGAGGGUACUCCGACUUUUUAAAAUGCCCCAGCUAAAAGAAUGGUCAAACGAAUCAUCAUUGCCUAAGAUGAAGUUAUUCCCUCGUCUCCAGAAGCUAUACAUCAAGGCGUGCCCCGAGUUGAUAUCCAUUCCUGCAUUCAAGGGCUCAAACUCCCUUCAAGAACUUGCAAUUAGCGACUGCGGUGAGUUGACGUGUUUGCCAGAAGGGGUGCUACAAUCAACCCUCUUGGGGAUAGACAUACGCAGGUGCCCAAAGUUAAUAACGCUCCAUCCAAUUGACAAAACAGAAGGAGCAUUCAAUGGCUUAACGUCCCUACAACAACUUCUGAUUUAUGAUUGCCAAGAGUUGAUAACCCUUCCAGAAGGGGUGCUACAACCAGCCAUCCAGACGAUAGACAUACGCAGAUGCCCAAAGUUAAAAACGCUCAAGCCAAUUGACGAAUCAGAAGCAGCAUUCAACGGCUCCGUGGCCCUUCAACAACUUCUGAUUUACGAUUGCCCGGAGUUGAUAACCCUUCCAGCAUGCGUGCUACAACCAACUCUCAAAGAGAUAGACAUAAACCGGUGCCUGAAGUUAAAAAUGUUCAAUCCAAUUGACAAAAGAGCAGCAGCAUUCAACAGCUUGACGUCCCUUCGAAAACUUUUCAUUCGUGGUUGCCCAGAGUUAACCUUUCCAGCGUUCAAGGGCUCAACGUCCCUAGAAGAACUUGUAAUUUAUGGUUGCACGGAGUUGACAUGUUUGCCAGAAGGGGUGCUACAACCAACCAUCCAGAUGAUAGACAUACGCAGAUGCCCAAAGUUAAAAACGCUCAAGCAAAUUGACGAAUCAGAAGCAGCAUUCAACGGCUCUGUGUUCCUUCAACAACUUCUGAUAUACGAUUGCCCGGAGUUGAUAACCCUUCCAGCAUGGGUGCUACAGCCAACCCUCAAAGAGAUAGACAUAAACCGGUGCCCGAAGUUAAAAAUGUUCAAUCCAAUUGACGAAAGAGCAGCAGCAUUCAAUGGCUUGACGUCGCUUCGAAAACUUUUCAUUCGUGGUUGCCCAGAGUUGACCCUUCCAGCGUUCAAGGGCUCAACCUCCCUAGAAGAACUUAUAAUUUAUGGUUGCACGGAGUUGACGUGUUUGCCGGAAGGGGUGCUACAACCAACCAUCCAGAUGAUAGACAUACGCAGAUGCUCAAAGUUAAAAACGAUCAAGCCAAUUGACGAAUCAGAAGCAUCAUUCAACGGCUCCGUGUCCCUUCAACAACUUCUGAUUUACGAUUGCCUGGAGUUGAUUACUCUUCCAGCAUGGGUGCUACAAUCAACCCUCAAAGAGAUAGACAUAAAUCGGUGCCCAAAGUUAAAAAUGUUCAAUCCAAUUGACAAAAGAGCAGCAGCAUUCAACGGCUUGACGUCCCUUCGAAAACUUUUCAUUCGUGGUUGCCCAGAGUUGACCCUUCCAGCGUUCAAGGGCUCAACCUCCCUAGAAGAACUUGUAAUUUAUGGUUGCACGGAGUUGACGUGUUUGCCAGAAGGGGUGCUACAACCAACCAUCCAGAUGAUAGACAUACGUAGAUGCCCAAAGUUAAAAAUGCUCAAGCCAAUUGAAGAAUCAGAAGUAGCAUUCAACGGCUCCGUGUCCCUUCAACAACUUCUGAUUUACGAUUGCCCGGAGUUGAUAACCCUUCCAGGAUGGGUGCUACAACCAAACCUCAAAGAGAUAGACAUAAACAGGUGCCCAAAGUUCAAAAUGUUCAAUCCAAUUGAAAAAAGAGCAGCGACAUUCAACGGCUUGACGUCCCUUCAAAAACUUUUCAUUCGUGGUUGCCCAGAGUUGACCCUUCCAGCGUUGAAGGGCUCAACCUCCCUAGAAGAACUUGUAAUUUAUGGUUGCAUGGAGUUGACGUGUUUGCCAGAAGGGGUCUUACAACCAACCAUCAAGAUGAUAGACGUACGCAAAUGCCCAAAGUUAAAAACGCUCAAGCCAAUUGACGAAUCAGAAGCAGCAUUCAACGGCUCCGUGUCCCUUCAACAACUUCUGAUUUACGAUUGUCUGGAGUUGAUAACCCUUCCAGCAUGGGUGCUACAAUCAACCCUCAAAGAGAUAGACAUAAAUCGGUGCCCAAAGUUAAAAAUGUUCAAUCCAAUUGACAAAAGAGCAGCAGCAUUCAACGGCUUGACGUCCCUUCGAAAACUUUUUAUUCGUGGUUGCCCAGAGUUGACCCUUCCAGCGUUCAAGGGCUCGACCUCCCUUGAAGAACUUGAAAUUUCUGGUUUCACGGAGUUAACGUGUUUGCCAAAAGGGGUGCUACAACCAACCCUCACAGAAUUAGGGCUACGGCACUGUCCAAAGUUAAAGACACCCAAUCCAGAUGCAUUACGCACCCUCACAUCCCUCAAGAAGCUGUUUAUUAGAUCGUGUUCAAAUUGGGGGAGCUGUUGGGAGGAGGGGGUGUUUUGCACCACCAGCGUUCAAGAAUUGGGUAUAGGUGCGUUCGGAGAGGAGUUUAGAUAUUUCCCGUGGCCCUCCACAAGUGUUGCAUCACCACCAUGGAGCCAUCUCACCUCCCUUGAGAUACUAUAUUUAUGGGGAUGGCCAGAGGUCAAGUCUCUGCCUGAUCAACUUGAGCACCUCCCUGCCUUGAGAACUUUGGCAAUUUGGAAUUUUAGUGGGUUGGAAUCUCUGCCAGAGUGGCUCGGUAAACUUUCAAAUCUUGAAUCUUUGUUUAUAAGUGGGUGUCCCCUUGUUGGGAAAAGAUGCGAAAAGGGAGGCGGCGAAGAUUGGCACAAGAUUGCUCAUAUUCCAUCCAUUGAAAUAGACAAUGAGGAAAUGCAGUUAACUGAAGUGUACCCUCUCCUUGCAGAUGAAGCAUGAAACUCCCCUACGAAUCAUAAAAUUGGUGAGCUCGUGAUCCGCUUCUUGAGGAAAUCGAUAUUGGUAUGGAAACCACCUCAUAUAUCAGCCCAAAUUUUUCAGAAAUUCUCCUAGCUUUCCUUUUUAUUUUCCUUCUUCUGCCUGGCAUAUGCUUUUUUUUUUUCCGGUUUUUCAAAUUUUAAAAUUCACCACAUUCAAAGGCCUGAAUAUCUUAUCAGCACUAGAGCUUUGUAUGCGGCAUUCUGACAUAUUGUGAUACCUUAACCCCUGCUCAGUGGCUUGCAAUUAAUAUUUUCCUUUACAAAAUAUAUAAGUAAACUAGUAAUUGUCCGCAA